AAGUGCCAGUCAGUUUUGGUCGGAAAGUCGCGAACGGUGUUGUAGUUUUCCGACACCGUUUUUUUGAAUUUUAAUAUUUUUCACAGGGUUUUCGAUGGGGAGGAAAAGUUGGUAAUGGAUUGAAUAAAUGUCCUAAGAAAGGAUUAAACGUGAAUUGGUGAGGAAUUACAUACUGUGUUGUUACAAAUUCCGCAUUUGUUUUAUACGCUCCAUGGAUAAAGGAUAUACGAGCUUUUUUCGGUGUGUUGUAUGUUUCAUAAGUUACAUUGUCCAUCAAAAGAAGGCCUAUCGGAAAAGUUGAGAGUCUUCAGCAAGAAAUCGAAGAACACGAGAGAUAGAGAGAGAGGAGGAUUGCCUUGUGAUCAACGUGCACGUGAAACUGCAUCAAGUUCAAUGUAGCAGCAGUCCUACCCUAGCACAUUACUUGCUCUUGCUACCUACUAUCGAGGGGACAGUGCAUUAUUUCCCAAAACCCCAACUAUUAUCUAGUGCUUUGCUGCUCGUGUGUGAUCCUAUCGCUCGCUUUCCAUUGUCAAUUUAAAGUGUUACUUUUUAAUAAAACCCAGUGAUAGCCGGUGCACGAUGUUUCUAGAUCUCUACGCAUAUUUGACCAACCUGCCGAGAUGGCACAUCUUUGCCAUUUUCCUGGUAGGCUAUUUGGUGUAUUACCUCAUAGAGGUGGUUAAGCGACCAAUAUUGGCGGCUUCAGAUGGCCCAUUCAAGAAGUACCUCCUGAAACAUGUGCCCAUUUUGGAGUUGAAAUUUUGGCCUACCUUUUGGUGCGUGGAAAGCCGGGCCCAGACUGUAUUCGCCAGCAUAAUCCGAUCCAAUAUGAUACCCCAGGUUGCGUAUCGGCGGGAGAUUCUUUCGCUGAAAGAUGGCGGCGAGGUGGCUCUGGAUUGGCUGGAAACCAACUGUGAUAGCGAUUCCCCGCUUAUCCUAAUCCUGCCGGGAUUAACCGGAGAAUCACAAGCCGAGUACAUCAAAUGCUUGGUAAUGGCGGCAAAUCGUUGUGGGAUUCGGACGGUGGUUUUCAACAAUCGAGGCCUCGGCGGAAUCGACCUGAAGACUCCUCGCUUGUAUUGUGCCGCCAAUACCGAAGAUUUGUCGGAGGUUAUCAAGCACGUCAAGAACCUGAAUCCUCACGUACGAAUUGGGGCCACUGGCAUCUCCAUGGGAGGAUUGAUUCUGGGAAAUUAUCUUGCCAGCUACAAUGACGAAUCCAAGUCGAUUCUGACGGCUGCAAAAAUUAUCUCCGUUCCGUGGGACGUUAACAAGGGGUCGGAUAGCAUCGAACAGCCAAUACUAAAUAAUAUGCUUGGUCGGCAUUUGGCAGGCAGUUUGUGUAGAACAGUUCGAAAAUACGAAAUCCUUCGUGAUGAAAAAUUUGACUGGGACAUGGAUAAGGUGCUACAGAGCAAAACGAUAAAAGAGUUUGACUCGCAAUUUACCUCAAAACACUUUGGCUACAAGGACGUUGAUGACUAUUAUGCUGAAGCCACAUUGCACAAUAAAUUGCACAAAAUCAAGGUGCCACUCCUGUGUCUAAGCGCUGCCGAUGAUCCUUUCCAGCCACUGGAUGCGAUACCAAUAAAGGCAGCCGAAAAGUCAUCCCACGUGGCGAUCGUCAUCACGACACGUGGUGGUCACAUCGGCUUUCUGGAAGGUUGGUGGCCGGCUAACAAAGAUCAAUACAUGGGCCGCCUGUUUAGUCAAUACUUUUCAGCCACCCUCUUCGAUCCGGAUCAUGAUUUCUACCGCACAUCACAGGUUAUGAUGGAGCACAAUCUUAAGGCCUCGACGUCGGUUCCGACAACACCCAUUCCACGAUCCUCUAGUCCGUUGCGUAAAAAGUCAAUUCCAUUCUAAUAAUAACAAACAAUAGAGUCAGCAUCGGAAUUUGAUUGUAACAAAUACAUACGUCCAAAUUACUAAUCAAAUUGAGAUAGACUUUGUGUUCGUGAAAUUGAUCCUGGAGUUUUUCAGCAAGAAUAACGCCGGUUUUAUAUUGCUUCAAGCUCAAACUGCAAUUUAUUGGCAUGUUAGUAAUUGAAUUCAAGUUAGAUAAUUUUAUGCUUACAAUUUAAUCUCCUACUACAAUUUGUAUUUCACGAACCAAACUUCGGUUAAUACGCUCCGUUUUCAACUAGAACUAUACAAAUAUUGUUUAUUAAUUUGGCAAAUAAAGAUCUUUAAAUAUAAUACUUGAAACGUGCUGGUACUCUACAAUGACGAUUGUUAAUAAUGACUUGCAAAAUUUUCUGACAACCUAUCUCGAAUAUGCGGCGUCGCGACGCCUCCUUAUCACUGUUAUCAAAUUACUGUCAAAGCUGUUUCUGGGUCGUCCGAGGGGCUAGCUUGUGCACAACAUCCUCCCCCGCAUGUCGAAAGAACGUUCCGUUCGGCGUCAUGUUCAUUUUACAUCCAAAAGCGCAAGUUUAGUACAAGGACGACUCAAAACUCCACCGCUUAUCUGUAUAUCUGCCAUCCGGGAUACACCGUCCUUUCCUGGAUACAUCUUAAUCACUCGACCCCUGAUCCAUCGGUUACGCGCACCCUCAUCGGCAAUUACUACUAACUCCCCAUCAUUGAUUGGACGAACAUCUUCAAACCACUUUGUUCGUCUUGUAAUGGUCGGCAAAUAUUCCACCACCCAUCGCUGCCAAAAGAUUUGCAAAACUCGUUGAAUAAGGUCCCAGCUACACCUUAUAACCGUUCCCUUCAGGAUAGGCCUUUUAACACCCUGCCGUACUCCUUUGGACCCCAACAUCAAAAAAUGGUUGGGGGUUAAAGAUUCCUCGUUUUCCGACCUAAUAGGGAUGAAUGUCAGCGGUCUAGAAUUUAUCAUAUGUUCAGCUUCAAUUAGAACCGUUAGGAAGGAUUCUUCAUCGAAUUUAUCAACCGUAGGGACCGAUUUCAAAGCAGUUUUUACGGAUCGGACCAUCCGUUCCCAACAUCCGCCCAUGUGGGGUGCCGCUGGUGGUAUGAAAUACCAUUGGGUUCUGGUGUCGGUGAAUGUACUACCCAGCUCGUUGUUGAUCGCUUUCAGUUCCGUUCUAAGUUCACGACUAACGCCUAGGAAAUUUGUUCCGUUGUCCGUGUAAAUCUCCUCAGGAGCUCCUCUACGUGCGACAAAUCUACGGAUAGCUUUUUUGCAUGAAUCGGAUGACAUGUUGGCAGCAACUUCGAGGUGAACCGCUCUCAAAGUCAAACAGGUGAAGAGCACUACCCAUCGUUUGACCGCUUUUCUUCCUAUUUUAAUCAGAUAUGGUCCAAAGUAGUCGAUUCCGGUAAAGGUGAAUGGACGUACAAACGGUGUGAGUCUUACGCGUGGGAGCGGACCCAUUUUCGGCGCUACAGGUGACGCUUUGUAGACUUUACACCAUUGACAUGCUUUUUUGACUUUCUUCAACUCGACUCGUAGUCUCGGUAUUCUGAAUCGUUGCCUAAGCUCAUUGACGACAGUUUCAUCAUUCGCGUGCCCAUAAUUUCGAUGAUACCAAUCCAGUACAAGGUAAGUGAUCCUAUGAUCUCUGGGUAGGAUGAUCGGGUACUUAGCAUCAUAUUCCAUCCAAUCAGCCGCCUGCAUUCGACCAUCUACGCGAAUCACACCAAACUCGUCGAUAGUUGGGCCCAUGGAAGAUAUGGAACUAGAUUUUGAAAUCUUUCUCCUGUUCGGAACGCUCGUUUGAUUAUUAUGUCGGAGUAUAUCUACCUCUUUCGGAAAGGAAUCAUUUUGUGCAAUUCUCCACAAUGCACGCUCAGCCCUCUUCAAGUGAUCGCUAUUCAUACCAAUAGUGUUGAUCUGCUUGCCCAGAAACUUCUUCAAAUAACAGUCUUCAAAGUAAUGAACGUAGCCCGUCACGCGCAGAAGGCGUUCCCACUUAGAAAAGCGGUUGAUGUCGAUUAUAGGAACUCGUGCCACAUGAGCAUGGACACUAUCGAUGCGUAACUCUUCUUUACUAACUUCAGCGUAGACGAUACGAUCUUUCGGCCAUUCGUUUUCAUCCAGCUCGUAGAGGAAUUCCGGUGCCUUAUACCAUCGACUUUCAGCGUCAAACGAAGGUCCUUUUCCCCACUUCGUAGCCUCAUCAGCGACAUUAAGGCGUGUGGGGACCCAUCUCCAUUCUUCAAUUUUGGAUAAUUCAAGUAUCUCAUUGAUUCGAUGAGCUACAAAUCGGUUAUAGCGACGCAUAUCUGACCGUAUCCAUGACAGUACUGUAGUUGAGUCACUCCAGAAAAGGACUUCAUGGAUAGUGAGGGUGUGUUCCUCUUCUAUAACCUUUCUCAGUCGAGCUCCUAUCAAGGCCGCAAGCAGCUCAAGACGAGGAAUAGAUAAAAUCUUUAACGGUGCAACCUUUGUUUUCGAGGAUACCAGAGCACAUCGAACCUUAUUAUCUUCUACGACUCGCAAAUAGGCUACAGCUGCAUACGCCUGCUCACUCGCGUCGACAAAUAUGUGCAGCUGAACGUUGUCAUACGUGUUUUUUGUGUAUCCGGGAAAGUAACAUCGUUUAAUCUUUAAACAUUCUAUACCAGGUAAUGCACUGAGCCACAGUUUCCAUUUGGUGAAAAUCUCUUCAGGUAUUUUAUCGUCCCAUGCAACUUUCUCUCGCCACACCUCCUGAAUAAUUAUUUUUCCGUGGAUCGUAAAAGCAGAAAUUAGACCCAAGGGAUCAUACAAACUCAUAACUAGCUUCAAUAACUGCCGUUUUGUUGGAACAGUUUCACAAUUAAUUAAAUCUGCAAUCUCUUUGCUAAAUUGUACUGGAAAAGAGAACACAUCAGAGGAUGGUUGCCAAAUCAUCCCUAACAAACGUUGGCCUUCUGACUCAUCACCAAACUGCAUGUUCUUAACAACUGUUGGGUUGUUGGCACCGAUUUGUUGUAGAACUUCAUUGCGAUUUGAAAUCCAAUUAACAAUUUCAAAUUUACCUUUAGAAUGGACUUCUGUCACCUGCAAGGCUAACUCCACCGCUUCCUCGACCGUGUCAACGCAUUGUACGUAGUCGUCUACGUAAUGCCACCGUGUGAUUGCGUCCGCUGCUCUCGGAUAAUCUCGUUGAUAUUCUGCCGCAUUUAGAUUUUUCACGAACUGUGCAUGUGCAGGCGAGCACGUAGCACCAAAGAUGGCCACAUCCAUCACCAUGAUGUCCAAGGGUUUGUCCGGAGAAUCUCGCCAUAGAAACAACUGGGCACUACGAUCUUCAGGGCGCACCAAUAUCUGGUGAAACAUCUCUCUAAUAUCCGCUGCAAUGGCUACUUCACGCUCUCGAUACCGAAAAAGUAUAGAUAAAAGAGAUGUUAGAAGAUCGGGACCUUUCAUGAGCAUGCUGUUUAAUGAUACACCAUCGACCUUAGCAGCUGCGUCCCAUAUUAGCCGCACCUUCUCAGGCUUUUUUGGGUUCAGCACUACCCCCAUGGGUAAAAACCACGUACGGCGAAGAUCGAAACUUUCAAAUUCGGCCUGGGUGGCUUUAUGCGCAUAACCUUUAAGCUGAUAAUCUGCAAUCUGUUGACGAAUUUUGUCAUACAGGGCAGGAUUUUUCGUAAGUCUUCUCUCCAAACAUUUCCAGCGUUUCUCAGCCAUCGGUCGACUGUCGGGGAAUUCAAUGUAAUUAUAUUUCCAUAAUAAACUAACCUCGAAUCGGCCACUUGAUGUUCGUUUUGUUGUCUCAGAUAAUAUUUUAUAAGCUCGUUGGUCUUCAAGGGUCUGCAACUCUGGGGCAGCUCGUAUGCCCAAACUUUCGAUCGAGAAGAAGUUUUUAACAAAUUCGUGUAAAUUGUCAUCAGAUUUUGUAGCACAGAUGUGUAACUGGUGAUGGGGCAACGUAUUCGCUCUUCGUGGUACACGACCGAAGAUUGACCACCCAAUCCGUGUUUUGGUAGCAACUGGCUCACCCUGUCUGCCUUCUCUGGCUUUCAAUGGCAUAAUCAAAUGAGCAUUAUUUAGUCCGAUGAGUAGUCUCGGCACUGCAGAUUCAUAGCUUGUUACUGGUAAACCUUGUAGAUGUGGAUAUUCUUGAGACAUUCUGUCGAAAUGCAAACUUUGUUCAGGUAGAUCAAGACUCUCAACAGUGUAUACUUCUGAUAGUUUAUGACGCCUAGCGUCGCUAGUUUCAGCUAUCUCAAAUUCCAUAAUUCGAGUAUUAGAGAUGUUCUUGUUUACUCCCCCAGUCCACUGGAUGCAAAGCGACGUUGUAAUUCCGUCGCCACCUAGUUCGUCUGCUAGCGAUUCCUCUAACAUCGUGACAGAAGAUCCGUCGUCCAAAAAUGCAAAGGUUUGCACAUUGCCUUUGCUACCAAAAAGCGUUACCGGUAGCAAGCGAAAGAGAAUAGAUGAUGUAACCUCACGAUGUAUAGACACGGUGGCAUGUUGUCUCGCAGAUGUACUCUCUUGUGGAUCGAAAUGUAAUAAACGAUGAUGUUUCUUCGAACAGUCGUUUAUCCCGCAAACUUCUCCUUUACACGGCCACCUACUAUGGGCCACAAGACAGCGUCUACAGAGCUUAUUGUUUUGUUUAAUUAGCUUCCAACGUUCAUCUGUACUCAUAUUUUGGAACUUGAAACAUUUUUCUAAUGGGUGAGCGAAUUUUUGACACGCGACGCAUGGUUUCAGUGCAACAUGGUUCAGCUGUUCUGUUUGACUCGAUUCGGGUUGUUCCGAGUCAUCGACGAUUUCAGCGUGCGUGUGAACAAAUUCUCUUCCCUUGCUUCUUGAUGUUGCAUUGUUGAUUCCGCCGUUCAUUACUAAGCGGCUGGUGGCGGUAGUUAUGUAUUGCAUGUAUUUGGAGAAUACAUUAAGAUCUACGAGCGGGAACUGCGUCUGAUACAACGCCCAGUUGAAUUGAGCUGUAGGUGGUAAUUUAUCUACGAGUUCCUUGAGCAGAGUAGGGUCAGAUAAAUGGUUCUGCAAUCCUACGGCUUUAAGAUGGCUACACAUGUUUUGUACAACUAAUCCAAAAUUCAUCAGCAUGUCUAAUCGGUGUUCUUUCGGGGCUGGAGUACUGCGUACCUUGUUGACCAUGUGAUGUACGAUCUGUUCCGGUCGACCAAAUAAAGUUUUAAGCGUCUCGAUUACUUCCGGAACCGUCGAAGGGUGCAACAGGAAACUGCUCACGGCUUCUUUAGCAUUUCCUCUCAAACUCUGUUGCAGGCGAAGAAGAUUUUCCGAAUUUGAAAAACCGCAUAAUUCGGUGGAGUGCUGAUAGCUACUAUAAAAGAGCGGCCAAUCCACAGGAUCUCCGCUAAACACAGGAAGUUCUUUCCUCCCCACGUGGCGGGCUGCUAACUGCUGCGAUGUUGGCCCGGAAAGGUGGUCACGAACGUGGUUUGUUUCAUACGAUGGAUUCACAAUAGGGGCAACUGGAGUGGGAGGAUAUGGUGGUUGCUGAGGUAGCAUGGGUGGUGUAACUUCAGGGAAAUCGUAACAGGGGGUUCUUCUCCCGAUGGGUGUGCUUAUAUUUUCAUACAUCGAUGCAUUGAUAGGUUUUUCAAAGGGAUUAUGUUGUGUAAAUAAUUCACUUACCGAUGGUGCAUCGUUUUGGGGGAGGGUAUUGUUACCUGCCGCUGGUUGACAAUUCUGGUAAUACACAGGUCCGAUGUUCAUUUCCGGUGAUAAAGUCUUGUUGGGUUGAGAAAAUUGAUUUAGCCGACUCAUAAGUUGCUGUUCAACAAGACGCAAUCGACUCAAUUCACGAUCACGCUCUUCCAGCGCUCUCUCUGUUUGCUUCCGAUGUUCGAUACGCUCUUCUUCCUGAGAUCGUAUUUGCCUACGAUACUCCGCUUCCCGUUUCUGCAUUUCCUCCGCAUCCGCGCGUCGUUGUUGUUCAACUAACUUCAACUGCUGCAUCAAUUCGAUUUCACGCUUUCGACGAAUAUCGUUUUCCUGGGCAUGUUGUUGUUGUAAAUUUUGUACACGACGAAGGUUGUCGAUUUCAAGCCGCCACUUGUCGAAUGUAGGUUGGGAUGGCUUCGGAUAGGCUCCAGUUCUUUGAUCGUUGGAUUCCACAUCCUUUAGAAGACGUAGAAAAGGUUGUAUGUCAACUAACGGGAUUCUAGCGGCAUCGUCGGUAGCAGCAGACUCAUUGUCCUGACACUCUCCUACGGAAAUACUGCCGGUUGUUCGUUGCAGGGAUGUGCGAUCUAAAUCCACAAUCCAACUAGCCAGAUCAAGAACAACUGCUGCGGGAGUUUUCUCCUCACUUUCGAUGGGUUUUGUUAAUGGGGUCGACGUUUGAGGGCCACCAAGCUGGCUCACUAGCGUAGGUUCAACUGCUCUCCCGGAAUCAAUGGCCUUGGCAGAUUCUGACGGCAUUGUAACGACGUCCCGGUUGGAUCUUUCAACGGUUCUUGACUGAUCCUUAACCCAAUCUGUUACCCGGCAGGAUCCGGCUUGACUACUGCGUUUACUCCGAGCACUAUCUCUUUCAUUCUCUUCAUCCUGCUGUUCAAGCAGUUUAUAUUUUUUGUUUAGAUAAGUUUUAUCUCGAUCCAUCUGCGCCUUGGCUGCUGUUUCGUGCAGCUUCCGCUCUUCUUCCAACCGUUCCAAAUCACGAGCUAUACGAGCUCGACGAGAGCUGCUAGCUGUGGAUUCAGCCGUGAUUGAACUAGGUGCUGGUGGAGGGAUCCGGGGCCUGCACAUCACGCACCGAUACGCUAUCUCGUGGGCGUUGGCAGUAGUUACACCGGCACACUUGAAAUGUUCCCAUCCUUGGCAACCCAUACACUGAACCAUGAAUUUAUCAGCAUCAUUCCGUUGAUCGCAAGAAAUACAGUCCCGCUCGUGACCUCGAUUUGCCUCAACGAAAGUAGCCUCGAAGAGUAUACCGCAAUUCUCAGAGGCGUGGGACGAUGCAAUUUGUAGGUUAGCUUUCAUUGCCUCUCGAAUUGCCUUAGUCUGCGAUCGGGUUUGCCGCUGAUGCUGGUUGGAAGCCAUGGUACUUCUGGAUAAAUUUUUGAGUUUGUUCGUGAAAUUGAUCCUGGAGUUUUUCAGCAAGAAUAACGCCGGUUUUAUAUUGCUUCAAGCUCAAACUGCAAUUUAUUGGCAUGUUAGUAAUUGAAUUCAAGUUAGAUAAUUUUAUGCUUACAAUUUAAUCUCCUACUACAAUUUGUAUUUCACGAACCAAACUUCGGUUAAUACGCUCCGUUUUCAACUAGAACUAUACAAAUAUUGUUUAUUAAUUUGGCAAAUAAAGAUCUUUAAAUAUAAUACUUGAAACGUGCUGGUACUCUACAAUGACGAUUGUUAAUAAUGACUUGCAAAAUUUUCUGACAACCUAUCUCGAAUAUGCGGCGUCGCGACGCCUCCUUAUCACUGUUAUCAAAUUACUGUCAAAGCUGUUUCUGGGUCGUCCGAGGGGCUAGCUUGUGCACAACACUUUGUGAUAAGGUUAAAAUAAUUUGCAUAGUUAAAACGGCAACUAAUCCACAACAAAAAAAGUUCAACUAAAAUGUUAUAAAUAGGUAGAAUCAAACAACGAUUUUAUGCAUGUUGUGGUUUUAAAAAUGCAUUGUUUGUUACCAAAGUUUUCAGAGCGCUGCAACCUAUAUACUUUUAUCAUAAAAGAUUAAAGUUACGAAUUUAACACUAAACAUUUUGCAAUGCAGAUUUCAAAGCUUUAAUAUAAUAGUCAAUGCGAAAGGAUGCCUUCGUAUAUUAUAGUGCUAGGUAACUUUCAAAUCGAAACAUACACAAAAUUUUCAUUGCAGUUAAAUUUUGUUAACCUGUGGAAAAGUUUAAUCCAUGAUGAAGAAGUUUGAAACUUUCUAUUUUACUGUUAUAAACGAUUUCUGUAGCUCACUUUAAGAAUUUCGAUUUAAAAAGGUCAAUAACAAAAAGAAAUAGGGUGCAUUAAGACAGAAAUAUUUUGAUAAUUAGCUACCUAUUUGUUUAAAUGUUUCAAAUCAGCUUCUAUACCAAAAGCAAUAUACAGAACCAUUCUAAUUCACAUAUCAUCAAAAAAGCUCUGUUGAAAAAAAAAUACUAUAAAAGACUUUAGAAUCACAUGAAAAUCGAAUUGUCGUUUGUUUAUACAAGAACAUAAACUGGUUGUUGAAUUGAAGGAUCAAUCUAACUUUUCUAGAUCAGUAAAAUAGUUAAGACAAUGUCUGACAGUACGCAAUAAAAUUUACAUAGAUUUUCAAUCAUUAUUCUCUUUUCCUUAAAAAAAGAAGUUUAAACCCAUAACUGAAGAAUUUCUUAUUAAAAAAUUAAAAACAUUCAUUCUGUUCUAUCUAAAAUUGAAAUGGUGUUCAAACAUAGGUUAAGUCUGAAAGAGACAUUGCAUGUAGUACCAAAUUAAACUGCGUUGAACGCUGUCAUUACAUUUUGUGUUAGGUUGAAAGUUAUGAUGCCUAGUGAACAAAUGUUAGAAUAAAGAUGCAAAAUUACUGCAUAAGUUAUUUAAUUAGUAUUUUUACAAAAUUACGUAUAUGAACAAGAUGGUUACAUGCGAGAAACAUAAAAGAUGAAAAUGCUCUGCCAGUUUUGAAAUUUUGAAUUGAAUUUAAAGAGUUAAAAGUCUUUAGUUUUUAUUUAUAUUUUCAAAUAUAUUUUUCCAUCAAUAAAAAUAAUCAUAAAAUGAUCAUUUUGGUCCACUUUCAAAAUUUUGUUCAUGUAUACUUUAAAUGUUACCAUAAUGAGCCAUAUAUGUGUGAGAAUUAGACCGUGGGGGGCAUAAAGACAAAGACGACAAACAAUUUUGAAACGGGCAUACAACUGAAACAAAAAAUUAGUAACUUUCUCAAUUGGCAUGUGGAACUCUGAGCAUAAUACCGAUAUUUUGCAAUACGAUUACGUUGAGAAAGACGGAUGGAUUUCAAUUAUACAUAUGUUUUGCUGUAACUUCGUCAUUGAAGGUCCUCUAUUCGAAAAUAAAUGAAACUAAUAACUUAUUGUAGAUUAAA